CCACUCCUGACCCUCCAACGUUCCCUCCCUGGAAGUGGGCCGCCUCCCGAUCUCCCCACACCGACAAUGCUGCCGCGCCGCGCGCGGGCGCGCGGGCGCCGGCGCUGCUAGGAUCCUCGCGCGACCCCGCGCCACGCCGGCGAGAACCCCGACCACUACCCGGCGGGGCGAGGGCGACCAAUGCGCGAGCGCGCCCGGCACGCGACCCGGGUGUCACCGAUGCCGCCGCCCACGGGUGGCGAGGACCCCGAGGCCGACGCGGCGCCCUCCUGCAGUGGCUCAGCCGACGAAGCCGACCCCCACGAGCAGGUGCUCCCCAACGGCGACAUCUACACGGGCCAGUGGCGCGGCGCCGUGCCCCACGGCGCCGGCAAGUACCUCUGGGCGGACGGGUGCAUGUAUGAGGGCGAGUGGCGCCGCGGCAAGGCCACCGGCCGCGGCAGGUUCUCCUGGCCCUCGGGCGCCACCUACGAGGGCGAGUUCCUCGACGGCUUCAUGCACGGCGCCGGCACCUACGUUGGUGCCUCGGGGGACACCUACCGCGGCGUCUGGGCCAAGAACCUCGAGCAUGGCGCCGGCGAGAAACGCUACGCUAACGGCGACUGCUACGACGGCGAGUGGCGCGCGGGGCUCCCCGAUGGUUGCGGACGCUACGCCUGGCGCGACGGCACCGAGUACGCCGGCGGCUGGCGCGCUGGGCUCAUCCACGGCCGCGGCACGCUCGUCUGGGCCAAUGGCAAUCGCUACGAUGGCGGUUGGGAGGGCGGCCGACCCCGCGGGCAGGGCACGUUCCGCUGGGCCGACGGCAGCCUCUACGUUGGCUUCUGGGGCCGCGAGGCGCCCAGCGGCGCCGUCCACCAGAAGGGCGUUUACUACCCGUCCCCGGCGGCGAUGGGCAACUCCCCCCGGGCGCGCGACCCGAGGGAGGUGUUUGCACGUGACCUGCCGGAGUGCGUGCGCUCCGGAACCGAGGCCCAAUCAGCGCUCACGUCUCUGAGAUCCCUCAAAUGGCUGAUGCGGUCGGUCAGCGGGCGCGGCAGCUCGUCGUCUGGCUGGAGCAAUGGCUCGGGAGGCAGCCUCGUGCACUUCUGGGGGUCGGACGGGGAGGUCAAGUGCGACCUUGGGGACGACUGGAGACGGCGGAGCGUCAGAGAAGGGAGGGGGCUGCCACCACCGUCGCCCGCUCUGGUUCCAUACCUGCCCAACGGCGCGCCCCUGCGGUUGUCCAAGAAGCAGGGGGUGACCAUUGCCAAAGGGCAUAAGAACUAUGAGCUAAUGCUCAAUCUGCAGCUCGGGAUCAGGCAUGCAGUAGGAAGGCAAGGUCAAGUUUUAUUAGAUCUGAAAUCAUCAGCAUUUGAUCCAAAAGAGAAAGUGUGGACAAAAUUCCCUCCUGAAGGCUCAAAACAUACCCCUCCACACAAUUCUUGUGAUUUCAAAUGGAAGGAUUACUGCCCAAAGGUGUUCCGAACACUCCGUAAGCUGUUCAAGGUUGACCCAGCUGAUUAUAUGUUGUCCCUCUGUGGAGAUGAUGCUCUUCGUGAGCUCUCAUCCCCUGGUAAGAGUGGAAGCUUCUUUUACUUGACAAAUGAUGAUCGUUACAUGAUAAAAACAAUGAAGAAAGGUGAAGUGAAGAUGCUUUUGAGGAUGCUUCAAGCUUACUACAAUCAUGUCCGUGCAUUUGAGGAUACCUUAGUGACAAAGUUCUUUGGCCUACAUUGUGUGAAGUCUGGAUCACACCAGAAGAAGGUUCGUUUUGUGAUAAUGGGAAAUUUGUUCUGCUCUGAUCAUACUAUCCAUAGGCGAUUUGAUCUGAAAGGAUCAUCUCUUGGCCGUAUAACUGACAAGCCACCAGCAGAAAUUGAUGAGUAUACAACUCUGAAAGACCUUGAUCUUAACUUUAUCUUUCGGUUACAGAAACAAUGGUACCAAGAGUUUCAAAGGCAAGUGGACAAGGACUGUGAGUUCCUCGAGCAGGAGAAGAUUAUGGAUUACAGUCUAUUGGUGGGUGUACAUUUUAGAGGUGCCAUUGACAUUGAUGGUGACAAACCCGCAACACCUCGCGUUUCAAGAUGGGACAGAGAUCAUUUUCGUUCUGAUCCAAAUAGGUGGUCAAAAAUUAAGCUUGGAGCAAACAUGCUGUCAAGAGCUGAACUGACAAUCCGAAAGAACGACAGUGAUGUUUUUGGAGAGCCAACCGGGGAGUACUGUGACGUUAUCUUAUACUUCGGGAUUAUAGACAUACUUCAAGACUAUGAUAUUGGCAAAAGGCUAGAGCAUGCCUACAAAUCUUUUCAGUAUGAUUCGACGUCCAUUUCAGCGGUUGAUCCAAAACAGUAUUCCAGGCGCUUCAAAGAUUUCAUAUACAAAGCUUUCCAAGAAGAUAAACUAGACAGCUGAGAACAGUGCAUUGCGACAUUGGAUUUGGCAGGAAUUCGGCAGCUUCUUUAGGGAAAGGAGUCCGGGUGAUUGGGGUCGCUGGAGCACCUGGUGGCCCCACAGUUUCCAGGAAACAGAUUGGCCGUCAUGUACAUACUACAAAGCAACAUGCACAGAUACGGAGUCCAGUCAGUCAUUCACAAAGAGUAGGAAAUGUAACUUGCAGAAUCAAAUUAUACAUAGAAACAUGUAAUCGAAUGUCCCGAGCCGAGCCUUCAGGGGUUGUAAAUGCUCUUUGUUUCAGAGGAUACCAUUCUUGUCUUGUAUCGGUAGUCGUUACUUUCUUCGAUAGAAUUGGGGGCCAGUUUUGCCUUUGCACUUUCUUUUCUUUGAACAAAGCACGACGUACUGAGGUGCUUAUUUGAUUGAUAGAGGCACGUCACACCUGAGAAUAUUGUCAGCUGUACGAAAUCCUAAUCGACUCCGUUAACUUUUUUUUUCUGUACCAUUCCAGAGAACUCCGUACUUGCUAC